CGUCACGUCUGAUAGGCGGAGCCUCGGGCUUUUGGAUUUCAACCAGCCAAUCAGCGAUGUGCAGGAAAUCGCGGUUUCUUUCAGUUUAUUGUUUACUCACCUAAUGAAGGAAGGUGCUAUAUAAAGAGUGGAAAAAAUGCCGGUGGUUUUGCGGUCCAAAAAGUCGAUGCACAGCAGUGAUGAUGACGAGGAGGAGUGGGACACAACAACAAGAAGAGUAAUAGUAAGAAAAACGAGGACGUCGUCCCGCCUGCAAGUGAGACCCACGCACAACAUGGAGUCGGAGAACUCGGACUCGGACUCUGUGUACGGCCAAGGGAUGGAGGGACUGCACACUGAUGAGGAAGAAGAGGAAACAGUGGAGGCGACAGAAACGGAAGUGAAGCCCUGCAGUGUUGUGCUGGACCGCUUUCGGGUUACUGAUAACGCUUCAAAGAGAGAACCCGAGGAAAGAGACGACAUGAACCGCAAAAGUGCAAAGCCUGCUUCCCGCAUCCCCACCUUCAAUAAGCGGCCUGCCACUCUCAGCGCAGAGAUGCCUUUGUCCAAAAAAGAGCUACCUCUCCCAGUAGUUCAGCCUGCUGAGAAGUCAGCAAGUGUCCUUGUGGACACAUCAAAGUGUGUGCAGGAAAAAAACCUGUUAUCAUACCGCAUCCCCAGAAUUGGCGGUGAGGUAUCCACCAUCUUGAGCAACACAGAACAAACAUCUGAAGGGUCCACACCCAACACAUCCAUGUUGUCUGAGGGAGUGCAGUACGGUCUUAUGGCGAGCCCCAGGCCUGCGCUCAGAGCGGAGGGACACUUCAUCCAAGAGCAACACGAAAGCCAGUGCAGUGCAACCAGCGAGAUUGACAGCUUCUCACCUGAGAUUCCAUGCCUGGACUCCUUGAGCCAAGAUAAUCCUCAAGAAGAUAAACCACCAAGGUCUUAUGUUGUGACCAAGAGAAUUGUUUCAACAACCGUCACAAAGUCCACAGAGCUGGACUGCAUGCCCAAUGUUAGCCAAACAGAAGCUAUUGUGAACGAACAGCCGCCGUGGGAGAGAGAACAUCCACACACACCCGAGUCACAAGACGUGAGGUCUUCGUCGGAUGUCGAUAGCGAAGAUGACUUUGUGAUGGAUGAUUCUGGUGAUGCAAAGGACCACAAUGAGCCGCAGAUAAUGAUCAAGACUGAUCAAGCUGUGGAUGUCGGCAAGGAAGACAACAACGAGUCGGUCUGUCAUACAGCAGUAGAGAAGUCUGCCACAGCUCCAUCCAAGUUGGCAAAGUCCAGGCCUCCUCUCUUUCUACAGGGUUCAGGGCGCCCUCUCUUUGCCUUCUGCUUCUUGCUGCCGGCGACUCUGCUGCUUCUUGGUAUGCAUGCUUGGCACUUUGGACUCCCCAUGUCUGUCAGCCAGCUCGCUGCUCAGCUGGAGCUGCACUGGCUGGAGGGCGUGGGACUCAUGGCCGAGUCAUGUAGCAGAGAUUGUCGAGUUGACCUGGUGGAGAGCAUCCCAGUGGGUCUGUACCCAUCCAGCCCAUCAACACAGCAGAGUACAGCAGCCAGCUGGCUCAGGCUGCUGGGCAAGGCUAACAGCUCUGUCAGCAUCACCGCCUUCUACUUGUCACUGCGCAGCAACGAUGAGGACUUUGCUCACUCCGUGGACACUCAGGGCAGAAAGGUCUUUGAUCAGCUCAAGCAGCUGCUUUCCAAAGACGUGAAGCUCCAAAUGGUGGUUAACAGCCCUCAGACCUACACCCAGGACACUGAGGAACUUGCUGCAGCAGGUGCAAAGAUCAAAGAAGUGGAUCUGAACUCCUUGACUGGCGGCAUCGUUCACACUAAGUUGUUAGUGGUGGACCAGAAGCACUUCUACUUGGGUAGUGCCAACAUGGACUGGCGCUCAUUAAGUCAGGUGAAGGAGGUGGGCGUAAUAGUGGAGGACUGCAGCUGCCUCGCCCAAGAUGCCUCUCGUAUCAUUGAGCUGUACAGGAGCCUGAAUGGUUCUUUGCCACCAUAUUGGCCCGCUCGCUUCACCGCCCUGUCCAGCGCACAGCAUCCUUUGCGUCUCCACUUCAAUGGAGUUGCUACACAAGUGUACUUGUCUAGCUCCCCGCCGCACAUCUCAGCCCGCGGACGCUCUGAUGAUCUCACCACCAUUCUGUCCGUCAUCCAUGACGCUCAGAAGUUCAUUUUCAUCUCUGUCAUGGACUACCUUCCUCUGUCCGUGUUCACCAAACCACUAAGGUUCUGGCCUGACAUCGAUUCUGCUGUGAGGGCAGCAGCCUGCACUCGGGGAGUUAAAGUGCGCCUCCUGGUGAGCUGCUGGGAGCACUCUCCCGCCGCCAUGUUCCCCUUCCUACAGUCGCUGCUGGUGCUCAACAGGCCGCCGCUGAAGUGUGACAUAGAAGUGAAAAUCUUCACAGUGCACUCUACAGCGGAGCAGAUGAAGAUCCCCUUUGCUCGAGUCAACCACGCCAAAUACAUGGUGACGGACAGAGUCCUCUACAUCGGUACGUCCAACUGGUCCGAGACGUACUUCUCCGAGACGGCCGGAGUGGGCUUGGUGGUGAACCAGACGGACUCUGUGGCGAAAGAAGGCCAGGGGACGGUGCGGAGCGGGGCGGAGGAGCUCUUUCUCAGAGACUGGAGGUCUCAUUACGCCAGCUCGCUGUCAGCCGCCGACGUCAGGGUGUGUCCUCGCCGACCACAUUGAAUGAUCGCAAUCUUGCUCGCUGCCUUUCCAAACCUCAUCUUUGCAAUCAUCUCGCUGACUUUUAUUUCUGAAAACUGAUGUACAUAAUUGCUAUUUUCAAAAUCCUAUUUUUAUACAGUUUUCGUGUUAUGUAAUUAGUUUUUUUCCCCUGCUUGCCUGGAGCAGUUUGUAUAUGUCAUCACUUUCCCCCAUUGCUUCUUAAAAGGGAACUGCUCUUUUUUGGGAUUUUGUUUGGAAUUUUUCACAAUCCCUAUGUAAGACAAUAACACAGAUUUAUUUUUUUGCAUUCUAAAGAUAUAAAAAAACGCUUGUAAGAAGCAGCUAAUGGGAGUCUUCUGUGUUACUUUCAAAACCAUGAAAACAACUUAAAAACCCUGAAAACAACUUAAAAACCCUGUGUGUAAUGUUGUAACAGACACAUUCAUAAUAUUUACCGUAUUUUGGUCAUUUUAAGCAUUACUGGAAUAAUUUUCCUGGGCAUAUGGAUUUCAGUGCUCAAAACCAUGGAUUUUCGACUUCCGGCAACAAAUUUGUGUUUGCUAAUCUUUUGGACAAAUGGGGAUUCACAACCUUAUCUUUUUGAAGCUGAAUAUAUGAUUAAUGAACCGCUGGUUAGAGAAGCUAAGCGAGCCUAUAACGUUGCAGCAGACUGGAGCCGGGAGGGUCAGGGAUGUCAUUACUCAGUGGCGUAAAUGUGAAGCUUGCUGAGGUAAAAGUAUGGUGACAGACAUUUGCAUCUGUUGGACUGAGAAGCACUCAAUGUUUUUUGUCGAUGGAAGUUUCUUCUAUCUGGCAAGGAAGACACUGCAUCACAACAAAAGACGAACUGUUGUGCGAACAAACCCUGCAGGGGUAGAAACUUUUUUCUACAUACCCAAAAUCAACUGGAAAUGUCCCCGGCCAGCUUGACCAAAUUGACAACUGUACAAGUAAGUCACUAUAAUAUUGAUCAUGAUACAUGCAGCACACCAUGCUUCUUAGUACAUCUACAUAUACUUUCCAGAUAGCUGUAUUCAAACAUGAAAUGUGGGCUAAUACUUUACAGAUACUGUAAAAUGAUUGUUCAUGUUUUUCAGUCAGUACAGAUUGAUGUCCUUUUGCAUCGUGUAUUACAAAUUCAAAACACAAUCAUCUUAGGUGUCAAGCUGCUGACUUCUUGUUAAUGCUGUAGCAGUGUUGAGUGUCUGAGCGAGGCGAUGUUACUAUGCUAAAAACACUUUCUCAGUGUUCGCUCUUACAGUAUCAAUGUAGCUACAGCUUGGUUAUUACACAGGUUAUGGAAAAUAAAUUACCGUAAGCAUU